GCCACUCAUUGCAGGCCCCUCGGGCUGUUCUGCUGAGCAGACGACCCGCCACCCUCUCUUUGUUUCUACCAUUUUGUUGUGUCUGCGAGCUUCGCUUCAGUACCGGCCAGUCUUCAGCGGAGUUAACACAACGGUGAGUCCCCUGAGCGCCUGUAUGAGGAGCUGCUCUCAACAAUCAGUCGUGGAGAUGACGUGCAGGCAGUUUCCAGCCUCCUGUGCAAAGGUGCCCCCAUAGAGAACCAGCGUGGCUGCUCUGUCCUCAGUCUAGCUGUCACCACCGACCGUGCAAACAUCGUCAGCCUGUUGCUGGCUAGCGGUGCAGCGCUGUCCGCUAGUCUGCUGCAAGAAGCUUGGCAAAGCCCCGACGUAACCCAUAUGGUACUGGCUUCCCUCACAAACGCAUAUUGCUACCGGCUGCGUGCAGAGCGACGUCGCCUGGAAAAGGUCAGCGAUGCCCUAGUUGAGGGCAUCAACAAUCUGUUAAAAACCAUCGACGGAAAUACCCCUUGGCUAACUGCCUGGCGUUGGCGGAAAGGAACUGACAGGCCAGCUCUGAGUGACCUUUUGGCAAAGGCUGCAGCUGCUAACUGCCCCGUAACUGCAGCUUUCCUACAUAGAACAGGAGCAUGGCCAGUCUUCAAUCUGGCUUCAGGUGGAAGUGCCUUGCAUUCUGCCCUUGAUGCUGGCCACCAGGGUAUGGCACAACUGCUGAUCAAGGACUUUGGGGUAUGUCCCUAUGUUCCAGAUGCAUACGGUCGUCUUCCACUAUACAUGAUGUCAAACGGGGAGCGACAGAAACUGGAGCAGAAGCUCUUCAAGGAGGAACGUGAGAGACUGGAAAAUAUGGAGUUCCGCUUGAAGGCAGAUCACGAGAAGAAAGCAGCACGGGCAGCGUUGUAUAUGCAAAAAGUUCUUUUUGAGAUGCAAAAGAAAGGCGAGAAUAAAAAUAUAUUGUCACCUGAUGGCCGCGCUGCUUUGUUGUUGGCCUCUCGCAAAGGAAUCAACCAGUUUAUUCAUCUUAUGCUGCAAGAGGGUCACUUCCCCGUAGAUGAAGUAUUAGAUAACACCUGCGGCACCACUGCCCUACACCAGGCCGCCUCACAUGGCCAGGAUGGCUGCGUGGCGCUACUGCUGAACAAUGGAGCAAAUAUAAUGCAGCGCGACUCCUACGGUCAGACGCCUCGCCAUCUGGCCGCCAUGUUUGGACACAAAAGUACUUAUGAACUCCUGUCACACGCAGAGACACAGGAUCCUCCUUGCCGAGCGGGCACUACCGCCACGCAGGUAAAGGAAAAUUUCAAGAUAUAUCACAAUAUGUAUUAUAAGUACAACAGAAAAUUACAUUCACCAUUUGAUCGUCAUGGGUCCGAAAGCAUCACAAGAAAUCUUGUGAAAUCCAUUGACCUGCCAGAACUCCAGGAGAAGGCUCAGCGGAUGAUUGUGGAUCUCUCAAAGGACGAGGCACUUGAAGUAAAGGAGGCAGUAAUGGAGGAAUUAAGCAUCAUCAUGAAUAAGGUUUCAUCCUCUAAUCCAAACUACCGCGGCGAGCUAAGACUGACAGGUAGUUCUCGGGACGGUUCUAAGUUGUACGCCCCUGACGAAUUUGAUAUAAACCUAGUGAUUCACGAGAAUGACUUAGCAGUAAAUGUUACUGAGAGAGAGAAGAAGGAAGCCCAACUGAAAGGCAGAUUACAGAUUUCUGUAAAGACAAAUAAACUCCACCUUGAGGGAAAUAAAUUUAUGUCCAAUCUGUAUGAGGAGGUACACCGCUGCCUAACUGGCUAUAUCCUGCAGGAGAAAAGACUGAGCCUGGUGCCACCAGGCCUUACAAGCACACAGGUGGGCGUGGCACUCUCUCUGGCAUGGCAGGGGCAACAAUAUCCGCUUCUGCUUAUCGGUGUGGACUUGGUGCCGGUACUAGAAGUGCCGUGGCUGGAACAAGUUUCUAGACCAUUUCUCACUCCUGAGGACACCACAACCAUGCAACUCAGCAAUGCUUCGGACGGUACAUGGCGCUGCAGUUUCGCCUUAACAGAGGCAAAAGUACUAGAGACCUUGAGCUCCCCUGAGCGUGAGACACAGCUUAUGGGAAAAGUACUUCUUUCCCGCCUCAAGGCUGAGCCUUGGAUGCCUCAGCACAAAAAGAGUUUUUUCAAAUGGUUUGCCACACGUGAGUGGAACAUCGCAGUGCCGAGUGGGUUCUGCUUUAAGAACGCAUUCCUUCGAUGGCUGGAGCGGAGACGAAGAGAGGAAAUGGAAGUUGGAACUGAACAGGAGGCAUAUCACGACAAGGAAUGUGAGGAGGGCAUCUGUGUCAAGAAGAUGAGGGUUGGAUGGGAGGGAAACCCCACCCAUGAGCUCGGCACGGGCCAUGAGUGGGAACCUGCCAGAUUUGUGGUGGAGGUGUUCAGACUUAUGUGUGCGAACUCAGAAGAUUCGAGAGAGCACUUGGCAACUCAAUACAGCUCCGCCUACUUCGGAGGGGAAUGUGAGGGACGAAAGCCUGGGGAUGGAGCACCCAUCAUCGUGCAGUGUCUAGAGGAGGAGUUGGAAAAGUUGUGUCAUGGCUCAGCCUCAGCUGGGAAGUAUUAGAUGCACAAGAUACAACCCGUGUAAUCAUUAGCUAUGUCCUACUUUCAAACCCUACCCAGAAAUACAAUAAGGAACACAAGUGAUCGAUGUUCAAUUUCAAGGUUUGAUAGUUUAUUUAGACAAUUAGUUGUAAAACUAAUAUAAAGACCUACAUUUUUUAUGGAGACGCCUAGCGAGAGAAGACACUCUUAAAAUAAGAUCUCAUCUGUAUACAGCUGUAAGCUUGUAAAAUACCACAGUCUGAAGAAUCUAGUACUCCAAGUUGAAGUAAAUGCCAUAUACACAU